AUGGGAGGCCUUCGAUGCUUCGGAAGCUUCGACUCACGGCGUUGCGGGCGCCGUUUGCACCACGGAACGGCGAUUCGAGACGACAUCUCCGCGGAGGGGCAGCAGCGAGUGGCGACGGAUGAGGCCGCAGACACCAGACGGAGGCGCUUUCCGACCUCGGACUUCGAUUCCGUGGUGGCCCGGCACGUGGCUGCAGCACUCCGCGACAACUCGCCUGAGGACGCAGAGCCAGAUACCGAGGCCCGGGCGACGACGCCGGAAAGGACGCGGCCGAGACCCGCCGGUUGGAGCUCCGUGCCAAGCCAGGAUGGGGAGCAUCGCAGCUUCAAGAUGCCUGUUGACCUAGUCAUCAAGCAUAUGAGGUCAGAUGACGGCGCCGAUGACGAUGCCAUCACUCUCCAAACCUUUGACUUUGCAGGGCAGGAGGAGUACCACAUGCUCCACCACUUGUUCCUGAGCAACAAGGGCUUGUACCUCGUGGUCUUUGACCUCAGUCUUUGGACAGAUGAGUCGGGCGAUGACCGAACAUCUGAGGACGCGCUGACCUUUUGGAUUUGCUCAGUGCAUUGCCAUGCUCCCGAGUCGCGCAUGGUUCUGGUGGGUACGCACGUGGACAUGCUUGGACCUCACAAGACAGCCAUUCUCGGGAAGGUGGAUGCUCGCAUCCACGAGCUGUUGGAGAGGAACCAAGCCCUCAAUGAGCAGCUGGUCGUCAACACGGCGGAGGAGCUCUGCUUCUUUCCCAUCGACAACCGACGACGCGCCCGACAGUCUGUGGAGUCUCUGCGUGCCAAGAUUGACGAGACAGCGGCAGAGAUAUGCACAACAGGCUUCCUUUCGAAGGCACUGCCUCUCUACUGGCUCCGCUAUCAGACGGAGCUGAUUCGCCUGGCCCGUGCGGGCCCUGACCGAUUCUGGGGAACUGCCAGUGUCGAGGGCACCAUGCCGGCUGCAGGAGCGGCCUUAUCUGCGCCGCCGAAGCCCGUGCACGUCCUCCCCUUCUCACAGGUGUCGCGGUUGGGCAGGGCAGUCGGGAUUCAUGACGAAGGGGAGCUGCUCUCUGUAUUGAUCUACCUCCAUGACACAGGAUCAAUAAUCUUCUUCGAUGAGGAGAAGCUGCGCGACUGCGUCGUGCUGGACCCAUACUGGCUUGCUGAGGCCGCGGCCAACAUCUUCAACUGCCCUCGGGUGGUGCAAGGGCGGUCGGCCUCAGCCAGGCGGCUACUGGAGCGAGGUGAACUUCACGUGGACCUUCUGCGACAGCACCUCUGGCGGUCUGAAAGGUUUGCGGACCACAUCCCUGUCCUCGUCAACCUGAUGUUGCGCUUCGAUCUCCUCGUCUCCUCGUCCGACCAGGAUGUCUUCGUCGUGCCUUUCCUGCUUCCGCUGAAGACUGGAGGCUACGAGCCACCAGGGGAAGGUUCCCUGUCCUUCGACUUCCACGGCAUGCUCACAAGGUUGCUUCCGACGGUCUUCCCGCGCCUGAUCGCCAGCGCUGCCAAGAUGCCAUCGUUGCGACUGACGCACUCCCAGGUCUACAAGGACAGCUGCACGAUCUUUCUGGGAAAGCGGCGCUUGGCCUUCGAGCUGCUUCCUCCGGGGCGACCGGAAAUGAUAGCGGUGAAGCGGCUGGCAGGCAGCGAGGAGGGAGGCGAGUCGGAUGGUGAUGAGCCGGGUGGCUUGCAGCUGCCACUGGACUUGGCGAAGCAAGUCAUCCAACUGGUCCACGAGAGUACCUCGGAAUGGCUCCCCCACUUGUCCUUUACAGCAGGCGUGCUUUGCCCUCACUGCCACCGCAGUGGCGCUCCGCAUGUCAUCGACGUGAGUGAGCUUUCCGAAGUCGUCAUCUGCAGCCGGAGCCACGAGCCUGUGACCCUGGCAAAGGCUGGCUGGGCGUUCCGCUGGCGACAAGAGGUGCUGACCUCGGGUGGUGCCUCGAGGAAGUCCAGCGAUGUCACCCUGGAAGCAGAGGAUCUGGUGCCACCCAUGGACGUGCAGGAGCCGCCACGCGAGCCUGAGCCACCGGCGAAGCUGACGCGGCCACCCUCACUGCCUGGUGUGGAACGGCGGACGGUGCCCAUCCCCACGGCCAUCGAUACCUCCUCUUCGCCACUUCCUGGUUCAAGCUCGCCUUUUGCCGGUGAGGAGACACCUGCUUCGCCGAGCAUGGCAGCUCCAGAUCAGGUCGGCCUGCUCUACUUCCUGUACGCCUCACCGCUGACCGUGGACACCCUGGAUGUCCGUGCGGAGCUCCAACUUCUGAGGCAUUCAUAA